GUUCGACGUCCGCGGCCGGCCGUACAAGGAGGCCCAGGUGUGGUCGGAUCCUGCUUGGCUCGGGCCGCGCGCGCAUUUCUCGACGGCGCACGCGGUCGAGGGCGGCCCUUCCCUCCGCGGGCCUGGCGGCGUGCCCAGAACAGCCGAGCUGUCCAUCGACCGGGUGCAGCUCUCAGACGAGGCGAUCUACCGUUGCAGGGUGGACUUCAAGACCUCUCGCAGCCGCAACUACCAGGUCAACUUGACCGUCAUAGUGCCGCCCACGACGCUCAUCGUGUUCGAUGCGUCUGGCCGCGACGUGACUGACGGCGUGGUCGGCCCGUUGCAGCACGGCCAGGACCUCAUCCUCAAGUGCGAGGUCCGCGGAG